AUGAAGAAUACUAGUGCUUUGAAAUACUUAGGAAUAUUGCUUGUAUGCCUCUUGUUUGUAAGGCCUUCUGUGGGUAGUUAUUUUAGUGUAUGGGCAGGUUCUGGUUGUAGUAACCAGGCUGCUACUUACAGUAACUGUGGGUGUACUAAUGUAGCCAGCAAUUUGCAUGGAGGAUAUCAGUUUGUAUACCAAGGACAAACUGCCGCUGCUUAUAAUGCUGCUAAUUGUGAUGGCGUAGCACAUACUCGCUUUACUAGCAGUGUAAGCGGCUGCACCGCUUUUGGCUGGAACAGCUUCUUCAUUCAGUGCUGA